GUUGCUCCUUACUUAUGGUUGCUUAUUUUUCUCAAUCUUCUCUCGCUGUCGCUUUUUUUGAAAAUCGACCUGGUUUUGGUACUUUGCUUACAUUUUGUCUUGUUCGCCUUCACCUCACACUCUGACGUCCUUCAUAUUUCCUCCACUUAUCUCCUCCCGCCCAUCCCUUCGCUCCUGACCUGUCUUUUUCGUUUUCUAAUCGUCAAAGGACGCCUACACACUCGCUCGUUCGCCAUUAUGCAUGAUAAUGCACGCUCUUUCCUGUACCAUCAUCGCCUCUUCGUCAUCGCAUUUCCUAUUGCCUCCGUUCCUGUCAAAAUCACUUGACCGCUCUUUCCUUGUACAACAACCCCCUCCUCUUUUGUACAACCGUCCUUUUAUUCCCUUCUUUGUAUGACUGCCCUCGUCGCCACACGUUGAUCGUGUUUUAUGACAAGGAAUUGGAUACGACGCAUGUAUGUACUUUUGGUCGCAUUUGUACUAAUCAGCGUACACAUGAAUUAGACAAAAGAUUGUGUAUUUUUGCCUCGAGGUCGACUUGGGGCCGAAUCAA